AUUACGAUCAAAGAAACUAGACAUCUUUCUCUAGACGUUUCACAUUGUAUUUCUCAUUUUCGAUCUUGAAAAGUGAAAGCUCCUAAAAAUAUCUAACAUUUGCUUUCGUCUUUAGAGAUCUUUGGUGAUUCUUGUUUAUCUUUUACUUGGUUUCUUAAUUAUUUCUUCAUAUGGAUGGGCAUCAGCAUCAGCUUCACCACCUUCAAUACCUCAAAAAACAUAGUCACCAUGUUCAUCCUCAAUCUCAAACACCAGAAAUAGCGUCUCCCGCAACUGUGGCCGCAGGGGAUAGGUUUCCACAGUGGAGCUUAGAAGAGACAAAAGAGUUGAUAGCAAUAAGAGGAGAGCUGGAUCAAACUUUCAUGGAGACAAAACGGAACAAGCUUCUCUGGGAGGUUGUCUCUAACAAGAUGAGAGACAAAAGCUUUCUUCGUAGCCCUGAACAGUGCAAGUGCAAGUGGAAGAACCUCGUCACUCGUUUUAAGGGAUGUGAGACAAUGGAUGCAGAGUCAGCAAGACAACAAUUCCCUUUUUAUGAUGAUAUGGAUAUUAUAUUUACAAGUAGAAUGCAGAGAAUGAUAUGGGUCGAAUCCGAGGGAGGAGGAGGGGGAGCAAGUGGGACAACCAGAAAAAGAAGUCACUCAGAGCAGUUCUCUUCAGAUGAAGAGGAAGAGAACGUGAAUGAAGAGCUAGUAGAUAUCAGCAAUGACCCGAAAAUCCUAAACCCCAAAAAGAACAUAGGGAAGAAGCGAAAAGGCGGUAUUAGUAAUAGUAAUGCCAGUAAUAGUGUAAGGGAAGUUUUAGAUGAGUUUAUGAGACAUCAUAUGAGAAUGGAGAACGAGUGGAUAGAACGCUGGGAGGCAAGGGAGAAGGAGAGAGCAGAGAGAGAAGAAGAGUGGAGAGGGAAGAUGGAGGAGAUUGAGAAGGAGAGAGUGAAGAUGGAGCGGAUGUGGCGGGAUAGAGAGGACCAAAGACGGUCGAGGGAGGAGAUGAGGGCUGAGAAGAGGGAUUCACUUAUCAGUGCAUUGCUUGCUAAGCUUACUAGAGAUGGUUAAUUCUAUCUAAGUCUAAUAUUUUAACGUAAGUUAACUUGUUCUUUCUAUGCAUGUUAUGGGGUUGUAGGUUUAAUUAUUUAACUAGAUUUCCAUCCGCACAACCGUGCGGGUAUAUAUUUUCACAUAUAUAUAUAGAUAUAUGUUUUACA